AUGGCUAAUAAUGAAGACUUAAAUCUUACUGAUGAUCAAAAUUAUUGUCAACUAUUAUCAAGUGUUGCUGACUUACAAUCAACAGCUUGUGAUAUUAAUAUCGAAAGACAAACUAAAGAAACAUCUAUUUCGCUAGAAGAACAUGAUAAAUCAAUACAUGACGAUAAAAAUGAAGAAGAAAAUUUAAAAAUAAUUAAACAAACAACAGAUAUAGCUCGUCAUGCUAUGAUUUUACUUGUACGUGGUAUACAAUUAUUAGCAAUACAUGCUAGUCAUAAAUCAAAAUGUUUUAGUAGUUUUUCAUCAGCUAUAUCCUUUCUUCGUGAACAAGAAGGUGUAUAUGAAGUACCAAAACAUUUAUUGCUUCAAUGGGAACGAAAUGUCGGCUUGAUUGAUCUGUUCACCAAUGAUGAAGGACUUUAUUGUAAUAAACGCAUAGCACAAGAUAUGUUUGACGUUUGUAUGGAAACAUUUGACUGGCUUCGUUCACUUGCUAACAAUAAUAAAUAA